UUAAAAAGAUGGCGUGUGCGCGGCGUGCGCAUGUGUGUGUGUGAGAACGUGCCAGGGGUUCCGGAGGCUGUCGCACGCCUCCUUCUCUUCGUCUGGUGCACAGAGUGCUGAGGACGUGACGGGAGACUUUUGACAUCAUCGAGAUCCGAUCGGCCAUGGUCACCGCGUAGGGAUCUGGUACCUUCACGAGCAUCAGCCCGGCGACAAGGAGGCUGAGAGCUGAGCCAAAAAGGGAGGUUGAAGAAAAUAAACAGAGGCAUGGCAGCGGAUGAGAAGCCAGGUGUGAAGAGCAGCAGCUCCAUCGUCCCUUGUUUCCUGUUUGUGGAGCUGGUGAUCAUGGCCGGGACGGUUCUCCUGGCUUACUACUUCGAGUACACAGACACCUUCCCCGUGCACAUCCAAGGGUUCUUCUGCUACGACAAGACCUUCUCCAAGCCCUACCCAGGACCGGACAACACCAGCAAGAUCCCGCCGGUGCUGAUCUUCUCGCUUGUCUCGGCCAUCCCCACGCUUACGAUUCUUGUGGGGGAAUUGUGCGCGUUCUUCACCAAGACUGAAGGAACCCAAGAGAAGACCAUCGUCACUGCCGACUGCUGCUACUUCAACCCCUUGCUGAGACGCGUCAUACGCUUCUUAGGUGUCUACGCCUUUGGCCUGUUUACCACGACCAUCUUCGCCAAUGCCGGCCAGGUGGUGACAGGAAACCAGACCCCGCACUUCCUCUCAGCAUGCCGACCCAACUACACGGCGCUGGGCUGCCAGUCCAACAUGCAGUACAUCACAGAACGCCGCGCCUGCACCGGCAACCCCCUCGUGGUCAUGUCUGCACGUAAAUCCUUCCCGUCUAAGGACGCGGCGCUCAGCGUCUACUCAGCGGUGUACACAGUGAUGUACGUGACGCUGAUGUUCAAGACCAAAGGUACACGCCUGACAAAGCCCACCAUCAGCUUCACCCUGCUCUGUCUGGCCAUGAUCGUAGGCGUGGUCCGGGUGGCUGAAUACCGCAACCACUGGGCCGAUGUCUUGGCCGGUUCCUUCACAGGGGGAGCUAUCGCUGUGUUUUUGGUGACAUGUGUGAUUAACAACUUCCAGCAGUUGCAGCCCAGGCCUCCUGCACCACGACCCCAGCGCCCAGAGUCCACGCUGGGCAUGCCCAUGGUGACGCUGCCCUGUGUGGAAAGUCCACUCGAAAAGUUAAGUGGUUCUCAGGUAAGGACAGGGUCACGUCUGCACACACUCAGAACCGUCUGUGACCGGCACUCCUCGUCUUACCUGACUCCGUUUGUCCUCCUUGUUGUCCCAAAACACCAAGCACGCAUGCGUGAAGGAAAACACCCAAUGGAUCCUAUAAAUCUUUGCACAUGCACGCCGUGCAGUCAGCUGAUAAGAGCGCAGCUGGGAUUUGUUCCACUGGCGUGA